UUGCUGAACCCUUCGGCGCGGUGGAGAAAAAUAAUCUGGUUCAGGAUACUCUCCAGCCGGGGGUUGUUAGAGAGGGAACAGUGAGGAGAGAAAAAAAAAAAAAACCGUUCUGGAGAGGAUCCUAAUCCAUGCUUUCUCCUCAUUUUAUUCUUCCUGUUUCGCUGGCCUUAUUAGGCUUUAGCAGUUGGGAGUUAGGAGUUGGGGCAGGACAGAAUCCGAGUCUCCCAGAAGGAAAAAUAAUUUUCCGACACAUGGCGAGCCGCGUUCGCGUUUACCCAAUUAUCCAAUCCCCUCCCGAUUCACAUCUUUUCCCGGUGAUUCACUCCCGCCAAAAGCUUGGUGCUAGGUACUCUCUCUGAUUCUCCGCUCUCCAUUAGCUCAGAUUUCUUGCUCGAGUUCGAGCAGAAUGCGAGGCCGCCUUUUUGUUGUGAAAUCUCAACAGGCGAAGGUGAAUCGCACUAUUGCCGACGAUAGAAUGCUGGUUCUUGUUCCUCCCCAUCCGUUGAUCAAGCACUGGGUUUCUGUUCUCAGAGACGAACGAACUCCUAGUCCCAUCUUUAGGAAUGCCAUGGCAGAGCUAGGAAGGCUUCUUAUAUACGAAGCAUCAAGGGAUUGGCUGCCUACUGUCACUGGCGAAAUUCAAUCACCGAUGGGUGUUGCUUCUGUCGAAUUUAUUGAUCCAAGGGAACCUGUGCUGGUUGUCCCCAUCUUGAGAGCUGGGCUUGCUCUUGUUGAGCAUGCAUCAUCAAUCUUGCCAGCAACAAAAACGUAUCAUCUGGGAAUAAGCAGAGAUGAGAUGACACUUCUGCCAAGUAUAUAUUUGAACAAGUUACCUGAAAAAAUUCCAGAAGGAUCUCGUGUACUUAUUGCAGAUCCCAUGCUGGCAACAGGUGGCACAAUAGUUGCAGCAAUUGACAUGUUGAAGGAUCGUGGAGUUGACAAAAAGAAAAUAAAAGUGAUAUCUGCAGUAGCUGCUCCUCCAGCUCUUCAAAAGCUUAGUGAGAAAUUCAAUGGGCUUCACUUGUACACCGGGAUCAUUGAUCAUGCUGUAAAUGACAAAGGGUUUAUAAUCCCUGGAUUGGGAGAUGCUGGGGACCGUAGUUUUGGCACAUGAAGAUCAAGUUGUGGGAGUAUGCUGUGUUAAUUUAGUCAACACGGAAGUUGUUGGAAUAAUAAAAGGAAAAACGAAAAACUAUGGACUUUUUUUUAUUAGAUAGAUGGAAGUGCCAUUUGUUUUGUCCAUAGGUUUGGAAUAAUUGACAUUGAUUUGAGGAUUCACUUCGAUCCUUCUGAAGGAUAAAACUGAUUCAACCAGUGAGAGGAAAAGGAGGUCACCACCAGAACAAUAUCUGUUGUGCAGUCAUCCUAUUAUCUUA